AUGGGGCUGGAGAGGCUUUUCCCGGGGAUGCUCGCGUGGCUGGCGGCCACGGGGGUUGUCCUCUGCGCGGAACUGGGGGUCUGCGCUGGCCUCGACUAUGACUACACCUUCGGUGGCUACGGAGAGGAUGAGGCGGAGGCGCUGGACUACAAGGACCCGUGCAAAGCCGCUGUGUUUUGGGGUGACAUUGCCUUAGAUGAUGAAGAUUUAAAUAUCUUUCAAAUUGAUAGGACAAUUGACCUUACACAGAACCCCUUUGGAAGAUUUGGACAUACCACAGGUGGAUUUGGAGACCAUGGUAUGUCAAAGAAACGAGGGGCCCUCUACCAACUUAUAGACAGAAUAAGAAGAAUUGGCUCUGGCUUGGAGCAAAACAACACAGUUAAGGAAAAAUUACCACUGAAAUUCUCAGGGCAAAGUGAGAAAAAUAGAGUUCCCAGGGCUGCUACAUCAAGAACUGAAAGAGUGUGGCCUGGAGGUGUUAUUCCUUAUGUCAUAGGAGGCAACUUCACUGGCAGCCAGCGAGCCAUGUUCAAGCAGGCCAUGAGGCACUGGGAAAAACACACAUGUGUGACUUUCAUUGAAAGAGGGGAUGAAGAGAGUUACAUUGUAUUCACGUAUAGGCCUUGUGGAUGCUGCUCCUAUGUAGGCCGGCGUGGAAACGGGCCUCAGGCAAUCUCUAUUGGCAAGAACUGUGAUAAGUUUGGAAUCGUUGUUCAUGAACUGGGUCACGUGAUAGGCUUCUGGCAUGAGCACACGCGGCCAGACAGAGAUAACCAUGUGACUAUCAUACGGGAAAACAUCCAGCCAGGUCAAGAGUACAAUUUUCUGAAGAUGGAGCCUGGGGAAGUGAACUCGCUUGGAGAAAGCUAUGAUUUUGACAGCAUCAUGCAUUAUGCUAGGAACACCUUCUCAAGGGGGAUGUUUCUGGAUACCAUUCUCCCCUCACGUGAUGAUAAUGGCAUUCGUCCAGCAAUUGGUCAGCGAACCCGCUUAAGCAAAGGAGAUAUUGCGCAGGCAAGAAAGCUGUAUAGAUGUCCAGCAUGUGGAGAAACCCUACAAGAAUCCAAUGGCAAUCUGUCCUCCCCAGGAUUUCCAAAUGGCUAUCCAUCUUAUACACACUGCAUCUGGAGAGUCUCUGUGACCCCAGGAGAGAAGAUUGUUUUAAAUUUUACUACAAUGGACCUAUACAAAAGUAGUUUGUGCUGGUAUGAUUAUAUUGAAGUAAGAGAUGGGUACUGGAGGAAGUCACCUCUCCUUGGUAGAUUCUGUGGGGACAAAUUGCCUGAAGUUCUUACCUCUACAGAAAGCAGAAUGUGGAUUGAGUUUCGCAGCAGCAGCAAUUGGGUAGGAAAGGGCUUUGCAGCAGUCUAUGAAGCUAUCUGUGGAGGUGAGAUACAUAAAAAUGAAGGACAGAUUCAGUCUCCUAAUUAUCCUGAUGACUACAGGCCAAUGAAAGAAUGUGUGUGGAAAAUAGCAGUGUCAGAAGACUGCUACGUCGGCCUGAUCUUUCAGGCCUUUGAGAUUGAAAGACAUGACAAUUGUGCCUAUGACUACCUAGAAGUUCGAGAUGGAACCAAUGAAAGUAGUCCUUUGAUAGGACGUUUUUGUGGUUACGAUAAGCCUGAAGAUAUCAGAUCUACCUCCAAUACCUUGUGGAUGAAGUUUGUUUCUGAUGGAACUGUGAACAAGGCAGGGUUUGCUGCCAAUUUUUUUAAAGAGGAAGAUGAGUGUGCCAAGCCUGACCGUGGCGGCUGUGAGCAGCACUGCCUGAACACGCUGGGCAGCUACCAGUGCUCCUGUGAGCCCGGCUAUGAGCUGGGACCCGACAGAAGGACCUGCGAAGCGGCUUGUGGUGGACUUCUCACGAAGCUGAAUGGCACCAUAACCACUCCAGGAUGGCCCAAGGAGUACCCUCCCAACAAACACUGUAUAUGGCAAGUGGUCGCACCAACACAGUACAAAAUUUCUAUGAAGUUUGAGUUUUUUGAAUUGGAGGGCAAUGAAGUAUGCAAGUAUGAUUAUGUGGAGAUUUGGAGUGGUCUCUCUUCUGAGUCUAAACUGCAUGGCAAAUAUUGUGGUGCUGAAGUGCCUGAAGUGAUCACAUCCCAAUUCAACAAUAUGAGAAUAGAAUUCAAAUCUGACAAUACAGUAUCCAAGAAGGGCUUCAAAGCACAUUUCUUCUCAGACAAAGAUGAGUGUUCUAAGGAUAAUGGCGGGUGUCAACAUGAGUGUGUCAACACAAUGGGAAGCUACCUGUGUCAGUGCCGAAAUGGAUUUGUGCUGCAUGAAAAUAAGCAUGAUUGCAAGGAAGCUGAGUGUGAACAGAAGAUUCACAGUCCUAGUGGCUUCAUCACCAGUCCCAACUGGCCAGACAAGUACCCAAGCAGAAAAGAAUGCACAUGGGAAAUCAGUGCCACUCCUGGUCAUCGAAUCAAAUUAGCCUUUACUGAAUUUGAGAUUGAGCAGCAUCAAGAAUGUGCUUAUGAUCACUUGGAAGUAUUUGAUGGAGAAACAGAAAAAUCACCAGUUCUUGGACGACUGUGUGGGAACAAGAUACCAGAGCCGCUUGUGGCUACUGGAAAUAACAUGUUUAUUCGGUUUGUCUCUGACGCGUCUGUUCAAAGAAAAGGUUUUCAAGCCGCACAUUCUACAGAGUGUGGUGGCAGACUGAAAGUGGAAUCAAAACCCAGAGAUCUGUACUCACAUGCUCAGUUUGGUGAUAACAACUACCCGGGACAAGUUGAUUGUGAAUGGCUGUUAGUGUCAGAACGGGGCUCUCGACUCGAAUUAUCCUUCCAGAUUUUUGAAGUGGAAGAAGAAGCUGACUGUGGCUAUGACUACGCUGAGCUCUUCGAUGGUCUUGAUUCAACAGCAGUGGGGCUUGGUCGAUUCUGUGGAUCAGGGCCACCAGAAGAAAUCUAUUCAAUUGGUGAUACAGUUUUAAUUCAUUUUCAUACUGAUGACACAAUCAGCAAGAAAGGAUUUCAUAUAAGAUACAAAAGCAUCAGAUAUCCAGAUUCCACACAUAGCAAAAAAUAA